UUCUAAUAACGAGAUGAUGACGCUACGUUGGCUUCGGAGUGUGCUCACUACGAUUCGUGUGGAUCCGUACAUUUGACAAGUCUUCGUAAACCACAACUCCAUAUAAAUUCCCCUCCAAACCUCACCUCUCAAAUCCUUUCAAUGGAAGAGUUCGCGGAGGCCGACGUUUUGUGGCCCGACCGUGUCGGCGACGACGAAGAUCGCAUCGUCGACGUUGCACCGACGCAGCCGCACGAAGCUCGACGCACCGCAUCGGCCCCCAUCGCAGUAUUUCCUUCCAAAGAACGUAGCGAUUCAGUCGCUGCGUCAUUUUCUGAGGCCUUUACUUGCCAUGUAAUCGGUUUCGGUAGAGACGAGGGUGAAGACGGAGAAGAGUCGACGGUCCCGCCGCACAUUGUCGUCUCGCGGAGGUUCUCCGAUAAGGUCGCGUGCUCGGUGUGCACCGGAAAUGGGAGGACGCUCAAGGGGCGCGACCUCUUUCGGUUUAGGAAUUGUGUUCUUCGGAUGACCGGAUUCAUUGAGAGAUAGCAUUGGGAUAAGAAAAUUGAUCGAAGGAUUUAAUUAUUUUGUUUUUGAGGUUAGUUUUUUUUUUUUUUUUUUUUUUUUUUGAAGUUCGUAGGUGUUUGGAAUAUUGAUGCCACUCAUUGUGGCUAAUUGAUUGAUUAGUCUAAUUGCUUUUGAGCAUGUAUGUAUUGUAGGAUGAUGCGUGAAGGAAUUGGUAACAUGUACAUAAAUAUAUAUAUAUAUAUAUAUAUAUCUCUUCAAAGAAAAAUAAGAGAUGAGUGAAACAGUUGAAUACUCCAAUAAAUAUGGAACCUUUGUGAUUUUUUAACUCAGUAGUUUCUCCCAAGAUUAA